CAGAGACGGUCCCUCCACAGUGCGCACUCCGUCGCUGCACUGUUUGCUCCUCCUGUGUCACUCUGUCCUUCCCGCCUCACUCCGUCUUCCUGUCUCUCUUUCCUCAGAGGCAGGAUUACAGAACCUGUUGCUGGUGUGCCCUUGUCUGAGCUUUCUGCCUGGCUUUUUUCCUCUGCUCAGAUCUUCUCUUUGCUCUGGUGCUGCACUAAGCAUGGAGAACGACCAGUCUUCCACCUCACCUGGGCAGGACAUCCAGGGGCAGACUGGGGACAAACCUGCCCCUGGCCUGCUAUCCCCUGCUCCAGUCCCCAUGGAGCAGCCAAGUAUCUGGCCCGAAGCAACCGUGUGUGACAUCUCAGAGGAGCUGAGCCGGCAGCUGGAGGACAUCAUUAAAACCUACGGGUCUGCCACCAGCCUGAUGGAGAAGGAGAGCACUGCUACAGGAACAGACAGGCCUGAGAAGGGAGAGCCAGGCAGCCUGGAGGAUGCAGAGUAUGAAGAUGGAAAUGAAGAGAGUGAGAAAGAGAAGCUGGCUCCUGGGGAUGCUUCCAAAACAAAGGAGCCCAGCGCCAACAAGGAGCAGAAGCUGGAGAAGAAAAUCCUGAAGGGACUAGGAAAAGAAGCCACCCUACUGAUGCAAAGUUUGAAUAAGCUGAAUACUCCAGAAGAGAAGCUGGACCUGUUGUUUAAGAAGUAUGCUGAGCUGCUUGAAGAACAUCGUGCUGAGCAGAAAAAGCUGAAGUAUCUACAGAAGAGACAGGCCCAGAUCACCAAGGAGAAGGACCAGCUGCAGAGUGAGCACAGCCGAGCCAUCCUCGCCCGCAGCAAGCUCGAGAGCCUGUGCCGGGAGCUCCAGAGGCACAACAAGAACCUCAAGGAGGAAACAAUCCAGCGGGCACGGGAGGAAGAUGAGAAGAGGAAAGAAAUAACUAAUCACUUCCAGGGCACACUGACUGAAAUCCAGGCUCAGAUCGAGCAGCAGAGUGAGAGGAACAUGAAGCUCUGCCAGGAGAACACGGAGCUGGCGGAGAAGCUGAAGAGCAUCAUUGACCAGUACGAGCUGCGGGAAGAGCACCUUGACAAAAUAUUUAAGCACAGAGAACUUCAACAGAAACUGGUGGAUGCCAAGUUGGAACAGUCUCAGGAAAUGAUGAAGGAAGCCGAGGAGCGACACCAGAAAGAGAAGGAAUAUCUCCUGAACCAAGCUGCAGAAUGGAAGCUCCAGGCCAAAAUGUUAAAGGAGCAAGAGACUGUCCUACAGGCACAGAUCACUCUCUACUCUGAAAGAUUUGAAGAAUUUCAGAAAACAUUAGCCAAAAGCAAUGAAGUGUUUGCCACAUUCAAACAGGAAAUGGAAAAAAUGACAAAGAAAAUGAAGAAGUUAGAAAAGGAUACUGCUACAUGGAAAUCCAGGUUUGAGAACUGUAACAGAGCAUUACUGGACAUGAUUGAAGAGAAAGCCAUGAGGUCCAAGGAAUAUGAGUGCUUCAUGCUGAAAAUCCAGAGACUAGAGAACCUCUGCCGUGCUCUGCAGGAAGAGAGAAAUGAACUGUACAAAAAAAUAAAGCAAGCACAGUUCCCAGAAGAGGUGAAUGGAAAUGGCCUCUUAGAAGAAGAAGAAGAAGAUGACGAAGAAGAUGAUACUAAAACAACCCCUUCCCCCUCUGAGCAGGCAAGCAUUGAGCUGCAUGAGAGUGACAAGAGGAUGCUGAAGCAGCUGGCUGAAGCUUUCAGGGUGUCCCACAAGGCAGAGGAGUCCCUCCCAGGCAACAGCAGCAAUCCAGAAACCUGUGACACUCAAACAUGUAAUGCCAUCCUGGUGCCAGAACCUCCUGCUCCUCUCACUCCACAUUCAGAGUCUGGGAAAAACUGUGAGCAGUCCAGCAGGAGCACACCAACACCCACUGAAAACACACCAGCACCCACUGAAAGUAUGACAGCACCCACUGACAACGUGUCAGAGCCCACCAAAAGCACACCCUCACUUCCAGACAGGGUGCCAGCACCCACAGAAAGUGUGCCAAUGCCUCCUGAAAGCGUGCUUGUAUCCACUGGGAAUAUGCCAAUACCCACUGAAAGCAUGCCAGCAAACCCUGAAAGCAUGCCAACCCCCACACAAAAUACACCCAUCUCCCUUGGGAAUAUGCCAGUACCCAUUCAGGGUCUACCAAAAGCUGCAGAAUGUGUGGAUGACCCAGCAAAUAGAUCUGUCCAGGGUCAGUCUGGGAAGCAAACAGGGGACACAGACAUGGAAGCAGUGGAUUGAAGACACCAUGUGUCCAGAGCUCUGCUUUGUCCUCUAAAUGGAUACCUUUUUCUUUUUUUUUUAAGAUACAAAAAUUGGUUCCUAAAACACACUCAUGUAUUUGUAUGCAAAUGUAAUGCGCUUCUCUUUGCUACCACUAUCCAGUAAUAAUGGGUCUGCAAAUUUUGCAGUCCUUCAUGUGCUUGAAGUAUAAUACUUUCUUAAUGACAUGGAAAUACAAUGAAAUCACAGGAUCUCUUUUUCCCAGGCAUGAUGAGUCAUCUCAUUCAGGAAAAUAAUUUUAGUGUUGCACUUCCAUGUUUCAAAAAGCAAUGCAAUUCUCAUGCAUAUAUUUAAAGAGUCAAUUAAUUCUAACUAUUUAUUUUGACAUUGCAUAAAAGGUGACCUACUUGGACACACUGUGAUUUUAAUAAAUGAGGUGAAAGGAAUCUGUAAUUACAAACUAAAAUAGUGAAACCAUAAAUGUGGUCAGCCAUAUCCAAGGAGUGGUGCAACAACCAGAGGUGAAUUUUUGGGCAAGGAAAUGACCACUCAGCACUGUAACCUAAACACCCACAAGCUUUCAGCCUUACCUUCCAUUGGUCUUUUCUGCUCAGUAUUCUAGAAUAGGUUUUGUUUUCAACAGAACUACAGGUAAAGGGAAAAGAUCUUUUCUAGAUUCACAUAAAAUAAUUGAAAACAGCAAUUUCCAAAUUGAUGGCAAUUCCCAAGGUAGGGGUCACAAUUCUCUUUCUACAUCCAACAGAAAACUACAUUAUCCUACUAUUUGGAAUCACAAGACUGACAGUGGGGAUCAUGCCUGUUUCCAGCUCACAAACAAGGUUAGAAGUUCUGAAGUUGGUUGCAGAUCCCAGUUUCUAGGCAAGGAGCAGAAAGCAGAGUGGAAGGUACCAGGAUGUAUUCCAGAAGAAUACAGAAGAAUAAUCUUGAGAUCAUGCUUCUGGAUGGUGCUGUCCCUCCCAGUUACAGCCACAUGAACUACAGCUUCCUCCUGGCACUGCUGCAUGUGCACAUGCUCCCAGAGAAGGAUGAGGACUCACCUGUCACCCCAUUCUGGAAGCAGAGCACAAGUCAAUAAGCCAGAAGCAAAGAGGAACCAGGAAAGCAGAAAUCCCUCUCACAGACACCUCCAGGGGCUGGAUACAUUCCCAUCCCCUUUCUUGUCUAACCAGCUCUUCCCAUCUGUCUGCCAACAGCUAUUGCUUAAUGAUGUAGCCACCUUGUCAGAAACUGGUUUAUUCUGGUGCCAAGAACAGAGAUGAAGAAGGAAGGAGGCAAGAGAGGAUACCUACCCAGACAGCUCUACAGUCUCAAGCAAGGAGAGUAGGCUUUUUGAAAGAAGGUUAAAAUAAUCCUGGGGGACAUUCCUUGUUUCUCAUCUCCUUCCUCUGAAUUCCAUCCAGGCCUUUCAGAGUCUUAGCUGGAUAGCUUAAGAAUUUGAAAAAGGCAAUUAAACAAGAUGUUUAGAGGUUGGAAAGGGAAAUCUUACAAUCAAAGAAAUCCAUGUUUAUAGACAAAUCCCAAGAAGACCCCAAAGACAAAGCGACUCUUUCAAGCCAAAGCUGAAAUACAUGUGAGCCAAGAGGAAAGAUGUCAUCUUUGACACACUGUGGGAAACAAUGGCCACAGAGUCCUUCCAGCAUAUCACCCUCCAAAAAGGGGGUUUGAAUCCUUGCUUACUGCCAACAUGGUCCAUACCCUGCUUAAAUAUGUCUGUAAACUGCUAGGUUACAGAGCUGACCCUUGGAGUAUACAGAGCAUAAACUACAAAAGUGUGUUUGGAUAUGGCCUGUAGCUAUCAUGACUACAGUUUUCAAUUGUGAAUGCCUUAUGUUAGAUAACAAGACCGACAGGAUUUAUCUCAUGUCUUUAAUCAUGUGAAAGUAGAUAAUUUGAGUCUUAGUUAUCUUAAGCUCCUUUUAUAAACAGUGGAGAAGGAAAAGCAUCUUUUGAGGACAAGUUAUCCCAUGAUAAGACUGGCAUCCAAGUCAGAAGGAAUUACUUUCUCUCUGAAGAUGAUCCUUCUCUUCAGAUGCUAGAGCCAGCCUAAGACAACUAAUUUAAAUUUAAUAUGUCUAUUGUUAGAUAUCUAAAUUAGGCAACAUGAAUUCCAUCAAAUAUUCAGAUUCAAAGCCCUAAGUGAAUGACCAUCUCUGAAAACCAAGCCAGUUAUGUGCCUGUCAAAACAUUAUUCUAUAACAAAUCUGUAUCCUAAGAUAAAAAGUUAUACUCACCUGAUACACUUCUUUUAGUUUCCAUUGACUUAAGUUGGUAGAAAUAUAGUUUCUGUUACAAGUUUUGUUUGUUAUCAGGGUGACUUUUAAAAUUAAUGCAAAUUAUAUCCUUGUUAAGGUUUUGGGGGUUUUAAUUCUUGAUCUUGUUUGAUUCUGUUGCCAUUUUAGUAACCACCUGCAUGAAACCAACUUCUUUUUCUUUAAAUACGCCCUUCUUUUUCUUCAAAUAGCCUUCAGUUGUUGAUGUUUUCUUAUACAUUCAAAUAUUUAAUGCAAUAAUAAUGGUCUUGCAACUUUAGGUCGGUUCCAUUUUACAUAAUCAUUAUGGUCACAUCUUUAAUUAUGUAAUUCAUGUCUCAUACCUUCCAGCUUCAGCAAGCAGGGAGACAAGGAUCCUGCAGAUAAAAACUUCCUACAUAGUUAUGAUUUAUUCUUACAGCAUCAUUCCUCAUGAAUAAAUACACAGCCUUCUGGGAAAAUUACUCCCACUCUAUUCCACCUUCCUCAUUUUUGCCCUUGAAAUUCUAACACUGCAAAAUUCUAACACUCAAAUACUCGCAGCUCCUGUUACUAUGGGUUUCUCUCACAUGCCUGUUGCUUCUCUUCCUUUCUCAUGUAUCAACUGUAUGUUAUCCCAGCAGUUUCCUAAGUAUGUAUGCACACAUACAGUACUAAAAGCACAGGAGAGUGACCUCCAUAGCUUUUAGCUUCAGGAUUUGGCUUCAUGUGUUUACAAGAGAUGAGACUUGUAGGGAAAAUUCUGGCUGAUCCCAAGCUGCAUAGAGUAUUUAGAGUCAAACUAUGGAGAUGGUUUAUGUGUAAUCUCAUGGCCUGUAGAGCUGUGGAAAGCUGAAGUACCCUCAGUAGAAGUGGAAAAUCUGUAAAAUUUAACCAAGCAUCUCUUUAUCAUCCACUGCAUCAGACUGGAAGAUUAAAUCACCAUCACAGAUUUCUGUGUUCUAACCUAGAUUCUCUCAUUCUUCUUCAACAUAAAUUCCUGGACUCCCUUGCUCUUUUCUUCCACUGGCACCCAAUAUAAAACUGACCAUGCACAGUAUCCUUGUGAAAAGCCUUUGGGAUGGCAGUCUGCACAACAGCUCUGCUGCACUUCCUCACGUGCCUCUGCACUCAAAGGACAAACCCACACUUCUGUGGGUUUCAACACUCAUUUAGAGGCAGCAGGUGGCAGUGAGACCUGCUUCCCUGGUGUUCAUUGUUAUCGUCAUUAUUCUGAUCUGGCAGUCUCAUCAGCCCUGGUGUGUUCUGUGGUUGCCGCCUUCAGUCUUGCUUUUAAUUCACACAAUUAUUCCCUUAUCACCAGGCACAGAUUUGAGGGUGAGGAGAGGUGGUGAUGGCAGCUAUUUCUUCCUUACUAAGAAGCAAUAGCUUUGAAUAGCUAAGAAGCAAUAGCUUUUUUAAAAUCAGCAUCUGCUGACAUUCAUUUGGUUUCUGGAAUUUCUGUUUUCUCAGGUUAGGUGGUCCACGUGGCCUAUGGCUGAACUGGAAAGCUUCAGCCUGCACACUGCCAGCUAGUUCUGGUUCUGAAAAACAAAGUUGCAAGCUGAACACACCUCCAGUGUCACAGCCAAUCCUAUACAGAAAAGAACCUUUAAGCUCCAAGUGUCAAGUGCUGCUAGUCAUUAUGCUAUCUCUUCUCAUGUGUUUCCCACCAGUUUCCAGAGAAAUAAAAAUAAAAUGCCAUCUCUGGCAGAAAUGUGAGUUACAUCUUGCCCCCUGUGCCCCCAUUCAAGGCAUCACUCCCACUCAAAUGCUGCACCCACUGCCCUCACCAGUGUGCAUGGCUGCAUUUGAAUUGGGUCACUCAAACAAUUCAGGUUAAAAAUACACCACCACAAUCACCAAGAAGAGCUAAUUUUAAAUCAGCUCAUUGCAGUGAUCCCACUGGGUUUUUGUUCUGAUGGUAUCUAGGGAAACAUGACCUCAAUUCUGGUCACCAUAACUGCUAAUUGAACUCCACCCAUCCUUUGUUCAUAAAGAAAUCCACACAUUUGGAUGUUAACUCUGGAGUAUAAUGCUGUUCUCAGAGUUAAUGGCAGCCUUUCCAUUGACUAUUUUAACAGCCAUCUCCUGGACCAAGUACAGAAUUUGGAAAGUUGUAUUUUAAAUCUCAGUCUGACCCCCACACAAAAGACAGGGAAGACACAAUAUCCAAUGCACAUCGGUAAUGACCAGCUGCAGCCUUUGGAACUGUGUGUUACAUCUUCUGCACACAAAGAAAGCUCUCACACUUCCAUACAGACACCUGGGAUCUCAUACAGGAGAACAGGUCAAGUGCCAGCAGCAGGGUGAUCACUCAAACUUCAAGGAUCACAUCUCUGCUCCCAGUCGCUGUGGUAGAGGCUAAUUGGCAAAAUGACUCAGCAGUACGCAUGUACUGAGUUUCUCCCUUUUCUCUUCUCUUCUUACAAAAUGUUAUUAAAUCAAAGUUUAUAGACCACAGCAUCUCAGAACACAAGACUCUGCUUCUGUUACACUGGAGGCUGAAUGUAAUGUCCAAAAAAAGAGGCUUUUUUUUCCACAGAAAGAAGAGAAACAGUGAAGAAGUCCGUGUCAUUUUUACUAGAAGCAGCCUCUAUUUGUGGGUUGGUAAUGCAGUGUUACCUCCUAAAAUCCAAGGUCACAUUUGAAUUACAUCAACUGAAGACAGUUUUGAUUUUAAGUUUGUGCUUCUAGACCAUUGCUAGACUGCCAGACCAUUGCACAAACCCACACCUCUAACUGGUGCUAUUCUGCACAGCUAGAAAGGCGUUUCAGAAAAGUCUUGAUAACAGAAAAAGCAGCUUGACACAGAGUUGGAAAGAGAUGGACCUGCCACCAUGAGAGAUGUCUUAGCAGCAGAUCUCUGCACUUGCCUUGGUCAAUCCAUUUAUCUCAUCUGGCAUUUUCUGCAUCAUGAACUACACCCAUAACACCUUAGAUGAAAAUAACUGCAGUUUACAAGCAUGGUUCACAACAGCAUGGUAAGUUCAGCUGGCUCCUCAGAAAGGUGUCAUGGUUUAGCCCCAGCUGGCAAUUAAAUACCACGUAACCACCCCUUCACUACCCUCAUCUCCACAGAGGGAUGGAGAGGAAAAUCAGAAAAGGUAAAACACAUGGACUGAGAUAAGAAGUUUAACAACUGAAAUAGAUUAAAAUACAACAAUAAUAAUAAUAAUAGCAAUGAAAUAGGAUAUAACAAAGAGUGAGAGAGGAAUAAAACCGAAGAAAGAUGAGUGAUGCACAAUUCAGUUGCUCACCAUCCACUGACUGAUGCCCAGCCUGUCCCUGAGCAGCAAUCAGCAGCUCCUGGCCAACUCCCCACAGUUCAUAUACUGCACAUUUCACUCUGUGGUGUGAAAUAAUCCUUUGGACAGUUUGUGUCAGCUGUCCUGGGCAUGUUCCCUCCUGUCUUCUUGUGCAUUUGCUCGCUGACAGAGCAUGGAAACCUGAAGAUUCCUUGACUUAGAACAAGACCUAGAGAGCAAAAACUAAAGCAUCAGUUUAUAUAAACAUUAUUUUAUACUGAAUCCAAAACACAGCAUUGUACCAGCUACUAGGAAGAAAAUUAACCCCAUUCCAGACAAAGCUAGGAUAAAAGAAGAUUGAACUUCUCCUUCUGUAAAAGAUCACAGUGACCUUGUGCCUGCAGAACAGCAGCUGACAACCCACCCAGGACUUCCAUAUCUUUAGUUUAUUAUGUUUGCUGUUAUCUAUGUCUCUGUUACACACAUAACAAUAAAGAUUCUUAAUGAAGCACAGCUUAAGCCACAGUUACGGGUGAAUUGACAGAUACCAUACUGACAUCCUCAUUAUGUAGUAAUGUAACAUAUCGAAUGAUGCAGUUGUUUUGUUACAGACCUGCAGAGCUGUAGUGAGACAUUUUAGUGGUGUAAGCCUUGCAACAACACAGCUGCAGGGACACUGCUGCUCUGCUUGGUGCCCUUCUACUCCAGAAAGGACCUGGGUUUCUUGCUGCACCCUGGAGAAUCCCACAGGUACCAGCGGAUAACAGGGGGAGGCAUAGAAUGCAGACACCAGGUGGUGGUGCACCUGGAACCCCUGCAAAUUUUGCACUAUGAUCUCUGCUCUUGAGAGACAUCUCACACAAGUGAAUGACCUUUCUGCCCCAUAUUGCUGCAUGUAAAAUAUGGGUAGUGAAUGUGGUUGUGAAUUAUUUUGAGUGCAAGUAACAUUUACUCUACAGUAAGACUAAUUGCUUUCAUCUAAUUUAAGAUGCCAUUAAAAGUUAUAACCAUGUAAUAUCUUAUAUUGGUAGGGAACUUUAGAGAUCACCUCCCCUUCCUAAGGGAAGCAGGAUCAAUUUUGAAACUACAUCAGGGUGCUCAGGUCCUGUCAGUUUUGAGUAUUUCCAGGGAUAGAGACUGCAUGUCUCUGGAUACUUGCUCCCGUAUUUGAUUUUUCUUCACAGUGAAUUUUUUUUCCUUCUACCUAAUCUUCCUUGGUGCAGCCCAUGUCCUUGGCCUCUCUCCUUGCCAUUAUGCAUGACUGUCUUCUCUAGAGCCUCCCAUCAUUAGUUUAAGAUUCCCUCUGAACCUCCUCCAAGCUGGACAAAACCCGCCCUUGAGAUGGCACGGCACAUUCUCAUUCCAUAGCAAGAGAACCCAUGUAGAUGUUUAACUGCAGCAGUGCAGUCCCUGCCUGUUCACACUGCUGCUAUCCAAGUAAAGCAGCCACCACUCCCCAUUCAUACACUAGUCUUCCCAGUACUUCACCAUGAACUCCAUCACAGUGGAAACCCUCAACUAUUUUUCCAGCAUGGCAGCUCACGUGAUCAUUUUCUAGCCCAACCUGGUGAAAAUGCCUCAGGCAGCUUUAGAUUGUUAUAAAAAUGCUCAAGCAAAUCAAAUCAUUUUGAAUUGGCUUUGCUCAAGGGAUGACUCUGUAGGCAGCUGCGCCAGAUGAGCAGAGAAAAAACUGUUGGCCAACAGGUGGGUUCAUCCAGGUCCAUUGGGAAUGCAAAAUCCUCAUCCCUCUGUGGUUGCAGCUCCCACCAGAUGAGUGGCACAGCAACAGCUACUUAAGCACUAAUUCCCAUAGGCUCAGGCUCCUGUGCUUGAUAGUUUCUCUCCUGAGGUUUUGUCAAAACUUUCUGAGUCCUCAGCAGAGCAGUAAUUGUUAACAAUAACAUUUACACAGGUGUAUGAACUUUCCACACAUACUGUUCCUGCUUGCCAAGCAAAAUGUUACAAGGAUCAAGAAGAAGAAAAAUGCAGCAGCACAAGCACUUAGUUAAAGCACACCCACAUGUGCUAUGUUCAAACAGAGAAAGCAAAACAAGCAAAAGUCUUUUCUAAUCCUUAAAGGUUAAGAAGCUUAAGUCAGUUUUGUAAAGACAUUUUAUCUUGUCGCACCAUCCUGUUACUGAGAAGCCACUUUAGACUAGAGUAGAAUAGCAUGGAAUAGAACAGUUCAGUUGGAAGGGACCUACAAUGAUCAUCUAGCCUAACUGCCUGGCCACUUCAGAGAUGAUGAAAAAUUAAAGCACUUUGUUAACAGCACUGUCCAAAUGCCUCUUAGAUACUGACAGUCUUGUGCCAUCAAGCACUCCUCUAGGAAGCUUGUUCCAGAGUUUGACCACCCUAUUGCUAAAAAAAAAGCUUUCUAAUACCCAGUCUCUGUUGCAUUUUUGAACCAUUCCUGUGCAUCCUGUCACUGGAUUCCAGUGAGAAGAGAUCAGCACCUCCCUCUCCAUGUCCCCUCCCCAGGCAGCUACAGAGAGCAACAAGGUCAAAAAUUCAGCCUCUUUUUCUGCAAACUAGACAAGCCCAAAGUCCUCCUCCACUCUUCCCAGGACAUGCCUUCCAGCCCUUCCACCAGCUUUGUUGCCCUCCUCUGGAUGCACUCAAGGACCUUCACAUCCUCCUUAACUUGUGGGCUCCAGAACUGCUCACAGUGCUCAAGAUGAGGCUGGUGAUGCUGUGUCUGAUGCACCCCAGGGUACAGUUUGCCCUCCUGGCUAUCUGGGCACACACUGCUAACCAACACUGAGCUGCUGCCCACCAGCUGCUGUGCCAGAUCCCUCUCGGCACAGCUGUUCUCCUGACUCUCCCAAUUUAUACUUGUACCUGAUGUUACUCUGUCCCAGGCGCAGAAUCCAGCAUUUGGAUUUGUUGAAUUUCAUCCCAUGAAUCAUUGCCCAGUACUCCAAUCUAUCUAGAUCCCUCUGCAAGGCCUCUACUCCCUCCACAGUCAUCAGCACCUCCCAGUUGAGUACUAUCAGCAAACCUGCACACGGGGCACUCAACUGCUGCAUCCAGAUCAUUUUAAGUAUAUUAAACAGAAGCAUACCCUACAGGGCAUCUCCCAGAGGUUCUCCAACCACCAAAGUCUGAACAAUAUACGUGUGAUAACCCUUUUGAAGCCUGUUGGAUGUGUACUUUUAUUUUAAAAACUGCUGAAACAACUUAGCUAACAGUCACGGCUGAUGAACUACGUAACUGCAAGGACUUGUGAGGCAUCAGCUUGCUCUCAAACGACAGAGGCAAGGUUAAGUCAAUAUGAUGAAGCUCUCAUAUGGUCUGUGCCCUAGCACUACUGACUCCAGGACUCAAAGAAGCCUGUCUGAAAUAUUUUCCCCUGUGCCGCUGCAGUGUGCACCUGCAGCAGUCAGAGGGAGCAACAGUACUGCAAAGGAAAGUCACACUUAUUUUGGGGACCUCGCUGCCACACUACAGGUUUCCAAAGGUGAGAUACUGACAUUUCUGGGUCCUGUACAUUUUCAAAUUGACACGGUCAAGCCAGUGUAAGUUCCCACAUGCACAUUUAUCGUGCCUUGGCAGCCAUCAAAAUAAUCAGAAGAAAAUGAAAGUUCACCAUUACACAGUAUUUUUUCUGAAGAUUAUACACAUGUAGUUUAAAACUUGGCUUACUCUCUCUGGCUUACCUCACAGAACUACAUUUCCACUACUCAGCAGCUGAGCACAGAGGGAGGAGAGGAUUCAGCAGUAAUCUGAACUAGAAAGUCCGGCUGCUUUACGUGUAGGUGUGUGCUUGUGCCGAGGUGGCAGCUGAGUGGCCAUGGGACAACAGGGCAGCCUUGCUCUAACCCAGGAGCAGAGCAGGGCUGGGCCCUCCAGCACUCCUCUCCUGCAGCACAUUUUCAUCAGAGGCCAGACAUGAAGCCCAUCAAAAUCUACACAAAUAACAGAACUCCAGUAAGGCCAGGACAACACUGCAAGUGCCAGCAUGCAGACACCAUCCUUAUCAAAAGCUGACUGCAACACACAAACUCCCAUCCCACAGUGUCUUUGCAUUGGGCUGUGACCAGUGCUAUGGGUGGUGACUCCCACCAGCUCUAGUGACCUUAAUGACAAGACAGACCCUUUGUAUCUGAAUGCAGUUUCUCACCAACUAAACUUUAUAUUGCGAAUAAACGAAAUGAGUCAUCAAACAGCUUGAGUGAAGCUCUCUUAGUCUUCACCAAAGUGCUAAUUCCACCUCUCCCCCAGUUUGUUGAGUCAGAAUGUCUCUCCCUCCAGCCCUGCUCUGCUGUACACAAUCCAGAGAGGAACUGCAAUGUUAGUUCUCCCAUCACCUCUUUCAUGCCUUCAGCCAAAUGUCCCCACCUUACCGUUUGAGUCAGAUUUCUGAUUCUUUUCUUCCUGUGAAAGGGAUUUAGCAGAUAAACCCUCAUUAAUACUAUAAUUCUUAUUAAGAAUUCCUUGCUAAUGAGAGAUCUGCCAAACACAUGACUAGGCUAAUUUGUACAGUGCUUGUUCUCAGCAAUACCUGUACUCUGAAGUUCUGGUGUCCAUCAAUUAUCCAAAGCACUAGUACAAAUCUGGCAUAAACAGGCACAACCCCAUUUUCACAGACUUUCACUGUCCUCUCCUCCAGGAGACAGAGGACAACUACAUGCCAAAAUCCUGUCUUGGCUUCUAGAUCUGCUGCAAGCUACUCAUUUCUCACUUUUCCUAGCCACAAACAGGCAGCUGCUGAAACCUGCUUCUAUUAGGAUCUUCCCACAGAGCAGAAAGGUGGGUGGGCAAUCCUGCUCCACCUGCUGCGGAGCUGGGCCGCCCCCUCUCCAUGAGCACUGAGCAGUCACACACACCAUGGUAGUGACAGCGUGCUCCCACCCAUCUUCCGAGUGCAUGACUAACAAAGCAAGGACCCUCUCCAGACCCUCUCCACCUGCGUGGUGCAGGGAACUUGAGCAGGCUCAUGAUGCUAUGGGUUCCCUGUGUAACAGGUGUCACAUCACUGACACGUAGCAACAGGGGCGGCUAAGUGCUGCUGCUUUUUGCAUUGCUUUUCCAUGACAGUCUUUUAGAUAAAUAGUUCUCAGAAGAUCACAAGCAUAUUAGAGAUGUCGGAGGCAGAAUGCAAAAGCAAAACAAUUCAGCUCAGCCAUGUCCACGCUGGCCCUCUCCAAGGCUUCCAACUCCCUGCACUACAUCUUAUACCUGCAAGCACUAAGGUGCACAGAGCCAGGUAAGUGGGUCUGCAAGGAGCCAGGUCCAUGAUCCCCCCAGCUGUGAGCAUCCCUUCAACUCCAGCAUGGGUGGGACAGCAGAGGUAAGGAACAGGGGCUCUUCCAGCCAGAGGCAGAGGAAGUUAAAUUCAACAAGGCACAAGCAUUGCCAAAUUUUAAGUGAGGAACUGAAUACAAAAUCAAAAGGAAGAAUUGCCAUAAAACUUAUGUCUGGAAAUGGCCCUUACUUAGCACUUUUUACUCCAACCAACCUGGCUGCUGCACUGCCUCAAGCAGUGGAUUACACUUUGUGUGUUACUGUGCUCCCAACCAUUUGGUUUCCAUGUUCCACCUGGCUGUAUGCCGAGGUCUGCAGCCUGAUCCCCUUUUGCCACCAACCUGGCAGCCAAACUAGCCAUGACUGCACCAAACGGAGAGGCUGACCAAUGGCAAGGAGAGACUUCCACACAGUUCAAUAUAUUCUUUGGCAGAACAGAGAUUUAAAAGCAGGCUAAAUUCAAUUAUUUGUAUAACUGGAAUAUCCAUGUUACAGGGCUUGUAACCAUAACAAUCACUUAAACAAAGCUUUAAAGAAAACAUUCCUUCGUUACCUAAAAUAUUGAUUUUAGAUUCUGAUUCAGUUUCUCAGUCUUCCUCACUUCUGACCUCAAGAGGUGCUGCCUGCCUCCAGGUCUUACAAAAUACAUGGAAAAGGAAGAGCUUGGCUCAGAGGCACCAAGUAUCCUCAGCUAGUACUUGUGUCUUGUGCCAAUAGAAUGAUGCUUCCUAAAUAUAUAAAUACAAAAGGAUCAGGUUGUCAUAUGGGGAUUGGGAGGUUUGCAAACAUUAAAGAAGUAAUCAGCUAGCAGGGAUGUUUCUCAGAACAAGUCUCAGGCAAUUAAACUGAGCCUACAUUAAUCACAUUGCAAACACAAACUAUUACUUCAGUUGGAGCCAGAUUCAUUUAUAAGCUCAGGCACUGAAAAAAAAAAAAA